AUGGCUGCGCCUACGGAAGCUCAGAUUGCUCAUCAGCAACUCCUGGAUGACCUCGACAUCCACGCAAUUCACAAGUCCUUCCGAUCUCCGUCCUGGCGCCCCAACCACCGCCGCAACAAGAAUAUCAAGACCAUCUCCACCGAUCUAUCCCGUAAGGAGGCCUCAUCAUCCGCCAUCGCCACCCCCCAAGACGACUCUCCCGCCGCGACGCCUCUUCCCGGCGGCCUCUCCCCCAGCGGUGCCUCAACGCCCGCCGACGCAGCGAACGCCCAGCCGAACCUCGCUCAGGCAUCACGCAGCUUGUCGAAGCUCGUGCUCGAAAAGACGCUGAAGCAGCAGCAAGGCGGCGGCACAGGCGGCGCGACGGGCCCGGCGAGCGCAGCACCCAGCGCGACGUACACGAACAUCGAGAGCGCGCCGUCCCUGGCCCACACGAAGCGGUACUGCGACAUCACGGGCCUGCCCGCGCCGUAUAUUGACCCCAAGACGAGGCUGCGGUACCACGACAAGGAGGUCUUUGCGCUCAUCCGAGGUCUGCCCGCAGGGUGUCGCGGAGCAGUAUCUCGAGGCGAGGGCGCCCCCCCGGUGUUGAAAUAG